UCUUUGGACGCUCCCGGAGGCUUUGCUGUUCCUCGGCUUUUUACGGAGGCCGCAAAGCCGACGGUGUGACCCACGAGGUGGAGGUCCAGAUUCCUCAAAAUUGAAGCCUUGGCAUCAAAAGCUGGCCACCUCUCUUUCUCUCUCCUACACACACACACACAAAACACACACAGACUCACACCCGGCCAGCCCUCCUCCUGCCCAGGCCUUCCCCGUCAUUGGAUCACCGCCCGAGAGAUGUGUUUCGACAGCCCUGAAGUGGGUGCAACCGAACGAAAAAGGGAAAUCACAUGGAACAGAAGCUGCUGGAGAAGCGAGGAGCGCACACUGCCAAGGAGACGCCUGGGGAAAACAACAGAGGAUGAUGCGCAAUCCCAUUUACGACUACCCGGAGCCCUACGCCAAUCCUCGGCGUGAGGCGCUGAUGUCUGGCCAGAGCAUCAGCCUCGUGGGCCGGCUGCGCCUCACCCAGGCCGUUUGGCUACAGCUUGGCAUCAAUUCCGCCACCGCCCUCCACAUCUUGCAGCGAGAACCUCCCGGGACAUUUUUGGUACGGAGAUCCAACACGCGGCAGUGCCAGGUGCUGUGCUUACGUCUCCCCGAUAUUUCGUCCCCGGCUUUUGUCACGACCUAUCGCUUACACCAGGAUCGUGCAGUCACCUGGCUAGAAGGCUCGGAUCUGACCUUCCCCAGCCUCCUGCAUCUCAUCGCCUCCUACUGUUCGAUCCCGGAUAUCCUCCCCCUCUCUUUGCGUCUUCCUCGGCCCAUCUGGGAGGCCUCAUCCUGCCAGCAGCUGGAGGCCAUUGCACAUUUGGGGCUUGAAUUCUGGAGCUCAUCUCUCAACACGAAGGAAUUGGACAUCCCUGUUCCCUUGGCGUUGCCUUCUGGGGUGGAUGCCGACUCUGGCCCCGCGGGAGACGACCAGACACACGCCGCAGAGCCAGCGGGUGGGACGCCUACCAACCUUUCAAACCCGCCGUGGAGUGGACCACUGCGCGGAGACGUGGGUGUCCGGCGCCAGUACUUCAAGAACCACGUCAAGGUGCAAGUGUCCACGGAAGCCGCGAGUCCCCUCUCGCCGCCCGCAGCCCCGCCACCGCCCAUCCCUGUUGGGAAGAAGAUGAAGAAAAACCCACGUCCAUCUCCGACGGAGAGAAGCCAGCCUUCGAAUCCGAGCCCGUGGGCUGGAGUUUCUUCCCAGGCCGCGAUGAAGCGGGAAGACUACCGUAUACCCCAGACCCAAGAGAGGGUGUCCAGUGGCCACCCCAGAGCCACUCUGAACCCUCCCUCGUCUCCGGAUCAGGCGCUGCAGGUUAUGGAGGAGGAUCAGCCCGAGUUACGCGACCAAACAGCCGAGCUCGACCACUUUCGGUGGAGCUUCCCAGUCCAAGAAAGUUUGGGCCACGGAGAAAGAGGGCACGGCCUUUCCUUCUCUGGGCCUUCGUGACCUGAUCCGGGUGCCGUGCUUAUUUUGUUGAGAAGACAAAUGCCAAGACUCGCAAGCGUGUCUCUGAAGGAAAAGAGAAAGAGAGAGAGAUGGUGAAUGGAUCCUAAGUUCUGGGGAAAGAAUAUUGUCUGGAAGCCAAGAAUUCUCAGCACGGGACCAACGUUCUUUGGAGGGAGCAUCUGUGCCUGCAUGUAUUUUCGGAUGCUUUCAAAACUAUCUGUUCCAACCAGUGAAUUGCAGUGUUUAAUUUCAAAACUAGGCCAACCCACCUCGCAGGGGCCGUGAGGAUCCGACGGGAAGCGAGUGCGAAGCCCGUCCAUCAUCUGGAUAUUCUUGGAGGAAAGCUGAGAUGCAAGUGGAGUUCGUAAUUCAAGAAUUCAAGGCAUUCCCUGAAUGGACUAAUAUUGUAUAACCGUUAGGGUUUCUUUGAGGGUCGGCCGAGCUCCCUUUGUGACUGGAAGCGUCACAGGUAGCAGAGGGUGUAAAAUUAGGGGAGGAGAAGAGAACUCUGCAUGAGCUACUUGGGAGGAAUAGAUACAUCAGACGGAAGUAGAAUCUUCGCUUCGUUUUCGAAAGUGUUCCCAACGAUGGAUUCUGUUGGAUGCAGAGUUUGAGAGGCUCAAUGCAACAGGCGAGCCCCACCUGAGGCCAAAAAAACCAACCCCAAAACAAGGCAGAAAAACAUCGCUGUAUUGAACAAGCUGCUAGAAAAUUGUUGUUAUUUUUCCCCUUUUAAUCUUACCCUAAAUCCAUCCCUGUCUAUGUUUGGCAGCCUGUUGUGUUGACCAUGUUCUACCCAUGCCGAAUAACGGUUCAGUUUAGGUUGCCGUUUUGUAUAUUGCGCUUGGCCUACGUUGGAUCAAGGGCAGGUAUAAAAUUCUUUGAAUAAAGACUGUUAUUAUGAUC